GGUUAAGUUUGCAUUGAAUCAUAAAUAAAUCGCUGACAGUGUCAACAGCAAAGUACCAUCACAUCUCCUCGUCCAUGCUUCACGGUGGGAACCACACUUGUAUACUCCUCACCAAUGUCCAGUCUCUAGACACCAAGGUGGAUGAAAUUAGGGCAAGGCUUGCCUUCCAUAGAGACAUCAGAGAUUGUAACAUUCUCUGUUUCACGGAAACAUGGAUCUCUCCGGAAUAUGUUGUCUGAGUCGCACUGACAGAAAUAAACAUCUCUCUGGGAAGAAGAAUGGCGGGGGUGUAUGCUUCAUGAUUAACGACUCAUGGUGUAACCAUAACAACAUACAAGAACUCAAGUCCUUCUGUUCACCUGACCUAGAAUUCCUUACAAUCAAAUGCCAACCAUAUUAUCUCCCAAGAGAAUUCUCGUCAGUUAUCGUCACAGCUGUGUAUAUACCUCCUCAAGCGGAUACCACAGCGACCCUCAAGGAACCUCACUGGACUCGAUGUAAACUGGAAACCAUAUAUCCUGUGGCUGCAUUUAUUGUAGCUGGGAAUUUUAAAAAUGCAAAUUUGAGAACAAGGCUACCUAAAUUCUAUCAGCAUAUAGAUUGCAGCACUCGUGCGGGCAAUACCCUGGACCACUGCUACUCUAACUUCUGCGAUGCAUACAAGGCCCUCCCUCGCCCUCCCUUAGGCAAAUCCGACCACGACUCCAUCUUGCUCCUACCGUCCUAUAGGCAGAAACUCAAACAGGAUGUAACCGUGACUAGAACCAUUCAACGCUGGUCUGACCAAUUGGAAUCCACGCUUCAGGAUUGUUUUGAUCACGCGGACUGGGAAAUGUUCCGGGCAGCCUCAGAGAAUAACAUCGAUCUAUACGCUGACUCUGUGAGUGACUUUAUAAGGAAGUGCAUAGGAGAUGUUGUACCCACUGUGACUAUUAGAAAUCUACCCUAAACAAAAACCAUAGAUGGAUGGAAGGCAUUCGUGCAACACUGAAAGCGCGAACCACUGCAUUUAACCAUGGAAAGAGGACUGGGAAUAUGGCCGUGUAGUUAUUCUCUCUGCAAGGCAAUCAAACAAGCGAAAUGUCGGUAUAGGGACAAAGUGGAGUUGCAAUUCAACGGCUCAGACACGAGACGUAUGUGGCAGGAUCUACAGGCAAUUACGGACUACAAAAAGAAUACUACGAACAACGUCACGGACAACGCCGAAUUGCUUCCAGACAAACUAAACAGCUUCUUUGCCCGCUUUGAGGAUAAUUUCAGUGCCACCGACACUGCCCGCUAACAAGGACUGCGGGCCCCCCCUCUCCUUCUCUGUAGCCGACGUGAGUAAGACAUUUAAACGUGUUAAACCUCACAAGGCUGCUGGCCCAGACGGCAUCCCUAGCUGCGUCCUCAGAACAUGCACAGACCAACUGGCUGUUGUGUUUACGGACAUAUUCAAUCGCUCCCUAUCCCAGUCUGCUAUCCCCACAUGCUUCAAGAUGGCCACCAUUUUUCCUGUACCCAACAAGGCAAAGGUAACUGAAAUAAAUGACUAUCGCCCCGUAGCACUCACUUCUGUCAUCAUGAAAUGUUUUGAGAGACUAGUCAAGGAUCAUAUCACCUCCACCUUACCUGCCACCCUAGACCCACUUCAGUUUGCAUACUACCCCAACAGGUCCACAGACGAUGCAAUCGCCAUCACACUGCACACAUCUGGACAAGAGGACUACUUAUGCUAGAAUUCUGUGCAUUGACUACAGCUCAGCAUUCAACACCAUAGACCAUCCAAGCUCAUCAUUAAGCUGGAGGCCCUGGGUCUCAACCCCGCCCUGUGCAAUUGGGUCCUGGACUUUCUGAUGGGCGGACCCCAGGGGGUGAAGAGUGAAGAGUUCCACAUUUACACUCAGUACUGCACCAACUAUCCAAGGUCAGUGGCUGUGUUGACUGAGUGUAUGAGGAAUAAGGUGUUGGCUAAGUUUUUCCGGGAGCGUCAGGAAUCUCUGAGACACUCCCUGCCUCUGGGCUCCUACCUGCUCAAGCCAGUGCAGAGGAUCCUCAAGUACCACCUACUGCUGCACGAGAUAGCCAACCACCUGGAGAAGGACACAGAGACAUAUGAGGUGGUGCAGGAGGCCAUAGACACCAUGCAGAGAGUGGCCUGGCACAUCAACGACAUGAAGAGGAAACACGAACACGCCGUCAGGCUGCAGGAGAUCCAGAGUCUGCUGACCAACUGGAAGGGGCCUGAUCUGAUUGGCUACGGUGAGCUGGUUCUGGAGGGGACAUUCCGUCUGCAGCGGGCCAAGAACGAGCGCACACUCUUUCUGUUUGACAAACUGCUGCUGGUCACCAAGAAACGCGAGGAGGCCUUCACCUACAAAGCCCACAUCCUAUGUUGUAACCUGAUGUUGGUGGAAAUCAUUCCAAAGGAGCCACUCAGCUUCAGUGUGUUCCACUACAAGAACCCCAAACUACAGCACACCGUACUGGCCAAGUCUCAGCAGGACAAACGCAUGUGGAUCCUACACCUGAAGAGACUCAUACUUGAAAACCACCCAGCUAAAAUCCCAGCCAAGGCCAAGCAGGCCAUUUUGGAGAUGGAUGUUAUGCACCACCCAGGGUUCCACUACAGUCCUGACGGGGACAAGAGGAGCCCCCACACCAAGGAGGGCUCCACCACUCGACGGGUCCGCAGGAAGUCAGAGCCUCUGUCCAAGUUACUGAAGAACGCUAAACAUGGUGUCAAGGAAGAUGGCUCAAAGCGGACGAGUCUGGGUGCCACCCUGCUCUCCCCCGUGUCCCAGCUGGCUCUGGGCACUAUUGGUCGUAGCCGCAGCCUGGUCAACCAAUCACAGGAGUCCCUGGAUCCUGGCGACCAUUUUGACCAUAGCGACAGGGAGGACGGGGAGGAGCCACACCAGCAGGAUGCCGACGAUGAGGACGACAGUGGCCUGGGUGGGGGAAAGAGGCUGCGAGUCCCAGAGAAGUCUAGCAGGAAGAAGUUGAACCAACAGGCGUCUAUGGACAGCAGCAUCGACCAAUGGAAGACCUUCAACAUGAGCGCCUCAGACCUACAGAGGGCUAACAAAUCUCUUCAGGGAGGUCACCACCCUCCUCUCCUCAGGACGCCCCGUGUGAUAGAGGAACCUCCGGACACCCAUGUCCCCUCCAUGCUGGUCCCAGGGGGUGACCCCCAGACGGUGGGGAACAUCUGGGCGGACCACCGUGUCCGCAGAGCCAUGUUCCCUACGCGUCAGCGCACCAUGAACCCCGACGAGGAGGAAGAGGACAUCUACCAGAUGUUUGUCCCCACCGAACCUGGCGGGCAAGAACCAGAACCACUUCCUGUUAGGUUAGAGGUCACGUCGUCUCCCAGCAAGACCCAGGGACGACCCUUCAGCUGGCACAUGGAGCAGGUUCCCACGGUGCAGAUAGACCCCCCAUCCACCGGGGACAGCAGAGUGCUGCGGAGAGCCAGCAGCGUGGGGGAGAAACAGACUGGCGGCCGACAGAGCCCCCCUGGUCAGGAUGAUGACCAGGAAGGGAUGACCCAUGCCGAAUCGUCCAGCAACGACAUCUCGGGAUCGUCGUCGGCCGAGCAGCUGACAAUAGACGACAUAGAGAACAUUUACGACAACAUCAGCUAUGAGGACCUGAAGAGCAUGGGGAUGAUCAGGAGGGAGCAGGAGGGUCGUGGGGCCCAAAGAGAGGCCCCUAGAGACACACAGUGCCCUGGGGCUCUAAACUCAGGGGUCACUGGGAGUAUUACAGAGCCUCUCAUGGAGCCAGACUGCUUGUCUGACAGUAACCACUCCUCCACUGUCCAGGAGGGGGUGCCAUUUGGGACGUGUGCCCUGAAGAUCGUGGAGGAGGAGAACAUCUAUGAUACUAUCAUCUUUAGGCCGCCCCCAGCCAAGGUUGACAGGGAUGGGGACAGACCUGUACAGGAGAGGGACAGUCUGUUGCCGUGUGCCUCUGAGCCUGACCUGAUGGGCUGUGAGAGCCUGGGGGGCUUCGUGUCCGAGGAGAGCCUACAUUUUGGGGAGGACGAGAGGACGGAGGAUAACUCCCAUCCAGUCCACGGCACCUCCGAACCGGACUACUACUCCUCAUCCGCCUCGGAAACGUUCUCCCAACGUUCCCACACCGGUGACCAGAUGUCGGAGCAGGUGGACGAGAUCUGGAACGAUUUGGAAAACUACAUCAAGAAGAACGAGAAGAAAGCGGACCGCCUUCCCGCCGCAUUUCCCGUGAGUGCCAGUGAGGCCCCCAAGACCUCGUCGGUCAAGAGCAGCCCCAAAAAGAACAGCUCCCAAAAACACAGCUCCCCUACCAAGAGCCCCCCAGCCCGCAAUCCCAACCCUCCCACUGUGUCCCCCACUCACCAAUUCACCAUCCCCAUCCCCAUCCUCAACUUCCCAGAGCUGGUCAGAGAGGCUACCUUUGAAGAUGAAGAUCAUUACCCCUCCCCCUCUCCCCUCACUCCCCCGUCCCUCCCCCUCCCUGCCUUCCCAGACCCUGCCUCUUCCGGGACAGUCAAGACCAUCCGUAACAGACUGGCCCGCCUCAGCAGUGGCAGCUUCCGUCUGGAGGAUGAUGAUGAGCUGGGGGAUCUGCCCCAACGGGACCCCAGCCAAAGGGACCCCUCCAUCAGGGACCUCCACAACCUGUUCCCUGGAGAGCUGGCUGGCCUGGGGGGUCUGGCCUCCUCUUCUCUCCUUCCGGGGGACUCAGUGGACAGCUUCUCCCAGGAGCUCAUGGACAAGACCAAGAACCGUGUGUUCUUGAUGGCUCGCCAAUACAGCCAGAAGAUCAAGAAGGCCAACCAGCUGCUCCGCAUGAAGAGCAUGGACCCCGGCGACAUGGGGUCAGGAGGACGCAACAGGGAGGAGAAGAAGCAGCAGAAAGACCUGGAGAAGAAGCAGAAAGACCUGGCAGCCAUUUUGGAGGAUAAGAAGCAAGGCGGCGCUGCCAUAGGUGCGAGGAUAGCCGAGUACUCCCAGCUGUAUGACCAGGUGAUGUUUAAAGACUCUCCAGGUCAGGGCUCCAGCAGCCCGGGCCCUCCUGGCUCGCACCAUGCCCACCCAGGGCUGGCCUCCUCCCCAUCCCUGCCUGAGACCUGCUCCUCCCUGGGCCUAGGGCUGGAGGAUGACUGGCUCCUCUCCACCUACAGCAACGGGGAGCUGGCCAGCUUUGUGUCAGAGAUACGGUCCUCCACCCCCCAGUGCAGGCUCACAGCAGCCUGCUCCGUACCCACCCUAAAGAUCCUACCUCCCUCCCCAGAGACCUCACCCACCCAGCGGUGGAGCUCUUGUGUCUCCGCCCCCAGUGAGAAGGAGGAGCAUGUGUACAGUUCUAUUAAACGACACACCUCCUUUAACUCCGCCUCCUCUUCCUCAUCCUCCUCUAAACCACCUACCAGCCGCUGCCAGUCUAUCUGCUCACUGGGCGACCGGCAGCAGGAGAAGGAGAAUGACCUUACCGGGUCCAACCGUAGCCCAGCUGUGGUCCAGAGUUCCUCAGAGAGACUCCAUGGUCCCAGUAGUCUGGGCCGGGCCGGUCGGCAGAGCAGCCUCCCGGAGCGGUCCAGUUGCGGUCACGGUCACUCUGACCUCACCCUGCAAGACGGUCAGCAGGUGGUGGUCCUGAACCGUGCCUCCGCGCUGAGCAUGCUCACAGCCACCCAGAACUACCUAGCCAACUUCAAGGACAAUGGAGACGACGAUGACGACGAUUACGUGGAGAUCCGCUCUGAGGAUGAGAGCGAGCGGGAUCAGGACUGCUCCGGGCAGCGUAACAACGGUGGUGGUGGUGGCUCCAGAGGGCCAGCCCAGACCCAGAGUCUGCCCUGCACCCCGUCGAGGUCCUCCUGUGGGAUGACGGACCGGGAGCGUCUACAGGAGUACCUCUGGGCGGAGCAGCCGGCACAGCAGAACCAGCCCAACAUCGUCCAGUCACUCAGAGAGAAGUUCCAAUGCCUCAGCUCCAGUAGCUUCGCCUGAGUUGCCAUGACCACCCACAACACACCACCAUAUGAACAUACUAGUAGACGUAGUUUAAGCAGGUCUGUAGCUUUGCCUGCCUCAUCAUGACAACAAAUAACACUAAACAGCUGGAGUUUUGUUGACAAGGAAUGACACACUACAUGGUAAAUUCAACACACUACUGUACGCACAACACUACACACGACACAGGUCUUUAGCUUUGCCAGAGUCUUCAGGACAAAAAAGUUCCAAUAUUAAUUUUUGCCUGAUUCACCGGUACAACGUCACACGCAACAUGCAAUACUGCAGCUUUGCCAAAGUCACAUGGUCAAAUUUCAACAUAUCACAAAACAACAUGCCAAAUACUGCACUUGAGUAGUCAUGGCAACAUACAUGUACAGGAACAUAUUAGUACUACAGAGGCACUCCACCCCCACUGCACUUCUUUACAGUCUUCCAUGUCAAGCAGAUUGACUUCCGUAUCUAUUUUAGAUAAGUUGAAAAAUAACUAUGAAACGGUCAAAGUUAUCAUUUUAGCAAACUGGAUGAUAUUGCUGAGUACAACAGUGUGGCAAGGGGCUCAGAGUGUAUGGGCUUUACAAUUUAAAGGGAAGCAUACAGACCAUCUUUUAGAGAUGUUGGAAAUGAGUAUUCCAUAUACUGUACAGAUAUUUCUGCUAAUUUCUGUUAUAAAUGGUAAGAAAUAGAUAACUAUCCAUUAAUUCUAACCGGUCCCCCCUUCAACAAAAAUACUGACAUCCCAAAAAUGUAAUUUGGUACACUGCUGCAGUCUGCUAGCAUCUCUUGAUGAGGAAAUGGCACUGGCUGAAUUUGAGUUAUGUUGCUGUAAUUUGCUCUUUUGAACAACAUGUCAUUUUAGUUAACAACCGCCUAAUCAAGGUUUUCAACUUUUGUUUGAGUUACUUUUUCAAGGUUGUUUUAGCGUAUUUAACUUUCUAUAGCUGAGCUUACCCCUUAUCAGAGGGAUGAUCCUAUGUGACUAGGUGUCAGUGGUACUGUUUUAACUGUGCAUAAUACAGUGUCAACCAAUUUAACACAAUCUGUGCAAGCAGCUUAAUGAAUUUGCAAUUAGCUCAGGAUUAUAGGCUAGGUAUGGACAGUUUAUCAGCAAUAAUAUAAAGAGGAUCCACGUGCCUUUUUAAACAUGGAGCCUCCACACAUAGUACCUUGCUGUUCAUUAGGUUGAGUAUAUUUUACAUUGGGCUGUGGUGAUGUAAAGCAGUAGAUAGCCUAUACCAGUCUUAAUAUAAUGAUUGGGUUUUCUCAACCUGCUCAAACGCCUUGGUCAUGACAAGGGGAUCAUGCUUUAAACAGAAAAAAUCUUAAAAUCAAGAGAAAGUGUGCUGAUAUUCAAUAAGCAGCCGCGAUAGGAGUUAUCUAUUUAUUUUGAAUCUGUGUGUCUGAAAAUGGUAAUAAGUAUAUUUUAGUCUUCUGCAUACACUACGUAGGUUGAGUGGCAUAGUGCAUCUUAAUAGGAAGAACCUAAAAUGUUAUUUUAUCUUAUUCAUUUUAAAAUGUUGUUUCUAAGAGGGACCAUGGAGGAGAGCGUUGAAUGAGUGCAGUACUGUGUUUUGAUGUACAUUUCUCUUCAACCUCACAGAAUUUCGGGUCAGAUUUUUUUGUUUACUUCAUGGGACACCCCUCACCUUCACACUACUGAUCAGCACCCCACCCCUCCCACUCCCUUUCUAAACACGUUAUGCCUGAAUAUCAUCCAAUCAUCCUGAUUCAUUAAAAUAUUCACAAUAAUGUCAUGUUAGGAUAGAUUGUCACAUACAUUGAGUUUACUUUUUGUUUUAACUCGGACGUCACUUUACAGUUUCAGUAGUGAGGAUCCACACUUAUUGAGAAUUUGUUUCAUGUUUGAUCUCAUCAAUGUCUCCAACUUAUGUCUUAUUUAUUUACAACAACAAAAAACUAUUCUUGACCCCCACACAUUGCUAUUAUGAAACAACACAGCCAGUUUGUAAAUUAGAAUAAUAACGUUUAUUUAUUAAAAGUUUGGCUUCUUGAUGAAUUUCGGGACACUUUGGAUAAAAUUUGGUUCAUUUGUUUACUGUGAAUGUUACAAAAAAAUGUAGUUUUGUUUUACGCACUGAUUAUAUUUUCCUUACCAAAAUAAUAAAUGAAAAGUUGGAAUGCACAAUAUCAUGGCCUACUGUUCAUAUCAAUGUAAAUGUAUCCAAAACAACUUAAAAAUAUGAAGUAUGUUUCUUUUAUUCAUUGUAUAUUUUGUUUCUCAUGUUUCACUGGUGGGGAUUGUCAACCUUCAUUGAAAUUGAAUUGACUCUUGCACUUUUUAUUUCUUAUUAUUUUUUUUAACAUUUGAUUUGAAAACACUUUGUAAAGAUGUACAUUUUAGGAGAGUUAUUCUUGUAUGCCAUAGGUUUGCUAUAUGAUGAUUUAAUGUUUAAGUUAAGUGUACUGUAAUUUUUUUUAACUGCUAGUUGGCAUUGCUUGAUAAAACAAAUGUAUUUGAGGUCAUAAAUAAAAGACAAUGUGGGUUUCCGUGA